ACAUUUAAAAUGACUGGUUUUUCAUUCAAAAAAAUUGCUAAACCAAAAUCAAAUCUAUUAACAACAAAACAAUUACCAUCGAUAAAUGAUCUCAUCGAUAUUCAUGAUCCUGAUGAUGGUCAUGGCAAUGAUGAUAAAGGAAAAGAUUUCAUUACCUCGAUUGAUAAUAAUGAGAUUCAAUGUUCCAAUGAUGAACAACAAUCCAUUAUUAUACCAUUGAUUAAAGUGAAUAAAUAUCGUAAUGAUAAAAGUCGUACAUGUGAUUCAGCUGAAGCUUCACCACAAUUACCUGUAAAAAAUGAAGAUGAUUGUGAUGAUGAUGAUGAUUUAAUUACGAAAGCUAAACAAGAAUUGUUGGAAGAAUCACGAAUGAUUGAUGAUGAUGAUCAAUUAUUACCUGCUUGGAAAUCAUUAAUGAUUAAUAAAUUACCAGAUGAAUUUAAAAAUGAUACAAAACUUGAUAUAUCAAUGAGACCUGAAGUACCUAAAUUAAAUGAUUAUGAACAAACACCGCUGAAUGUAUAUGGUGCUGCAAUGUUAAGAGGAAUGGGCUGGAAAGAAGAUGGACCAAUCGGUGGUAAAAGAAAAGCAAUAGCACCAAUUAUUGAACACCAAUUACGACCACGUGGUAUUGGUAUCGGUGCCGAUAUAUCGUUACGAAAACAAUUGGAACAGAAAAAUAAUUUUCAAAAAACAACAACUGGUGGUGGUGGUGGUCAAAAAGAUGAACCAAUUUUACGAAAAGGUUGCCAUGUUUGUGUGGAAUUUGGCCCCCAUAAAGGUUAUUAUGGUAUUGUUGAAAAUUUAUCUGGAAAUGAAUCAAUAUAUGUUACCGUUAAAUUAAGAUUAAUGAACGAUAGUGUACAACUAUUACAAGAUUUUGUACGUAUUGUUACAAAGCAAGAAUAUGAUUCUGAAAGUAAAGUAAUCAAUAAAAUCGUUAUGAUGAAUAUAUGAAACAACGAGACAAUAGCAAUCAAAGGAAUCGUAGUAAAUCCCGUUCACAUUCACGUGAAAGACGACAUAGAUCUUCAUCAAGAGAUGAACGUAUGAAUUAUGAUGAUGAUGAUGAUGGUGGUGGUAACAAUGAUGAUAUAUGGAUUGUGCCAAAAAUACGUGUUCAAAUUAUUGAUAAAAA